AUGGCUCGACGAUCUCAGAGUUCGUGGGCCUUGAGCUUUGGCUUGAUCGCCUGGAUCGGCCUGCUCUUCUGCGCCCCUCUCUUUUUCGCCUCGUCUGCUCGUGCCGACGAUGUCUCGGAAUAUGGAACUGUUAUCGGUAUUGAUUUGGGCACAACCUACUCCUGCGUUGGUGUAAUGCAAAAGGGCAAGGUUGAGAUUCUCGUCAACGACCAAGGAAACCGAAUUACCCCAUCAUACGUCGCCUUUACCGAGGACGAGAGAUUGGUCGGAGAUGCCGCCAAGCAACAAGCCGCGGCCAACCCCACCAACACCAUCUACGACAUCAAGCGUCUGAUUGGUCGCAAGUACAACGAAAAGGACCUCCAAAAUGACAUCAAGCACUUCCCCUUUACCGUCAAGAACAAGGACAACAAGCCUGUUGUUGAGGUCAAGGUCAAUGGUGCCGACAAGACCUUUACUCCCGAAGAAAUCUCUGCCGUCGUUCUCGGCAAGAUGAAGGAGGUUGCCGAGUCUUACCUGGGCAAGAAGGUCACCCACGCCGUUGUUACCGUCCCUGCCUACUUCAACGACGCACAGCGCCAGGCUACCAAGGACGCCGGUAUCAUUGCCGGUCUCAACGUCCUCCGUAUCGUCAACGAGCCCACAGCGGCCGCUAUUGCCUACGGUCUUGACAAGACCGACGCUGAGCGCCACAUCAUUGUCUACGAUCUUGGUGGUGGUACCUUUGAUGUUUCCCUGCUGUCCAUUGACCAGGGUGUUUUCGAGGUCUUGGCUACUGCCGGUGACACCCACCUUGGUGGUGAGGAUUUCGACCAGCGCAUCAUCAACCACUUUGCCAAGUCCUACAACAAGAAGAACAGUGUUGACAUUACCAAGGACCUCAAGGCCAUGGGUAAGCUCAAGCGCGAGGCCGAAAAGGCCAAGCGUACUCUGUCUUCGCAAAUGUCCACCCGUAUCGAGAUUGAGGCCUUCUUCGAGGGCAAUGAUUUCUCCGAGACUCUUACCCGCGCCAAGUUCGAGGAGCUCAACAUGGACCUCUUCAAGCGCACUCUCAAGCCCGUCAAGCAGGUUCUCGAUGACGCCAAGCUCAAGAAGGACGAGAUUGACGACAUUGUCCUCGUCGGUGGUUCCACUCGCAUUCCCAAGGUUCAGGCUCUUCUCGAGGAGUUCUUUGCCGGUAAGAAGGCUAGCAAGGGUAUCAACCCCGAUGAGGCUGUCGCUUUCGGUGCUGCCGUUCAGGCUGGUGUCCUCUCCAACGAGGAGGGUACCGAGGACAUUGUUCUCAUGGAUGUCAACCCCCUCACUCUUGGUAUUGAGACUACCGGUGGUGUCAUGACCAAGCUCAUUCCCCGCAACACUCCCAUCCCUACCCGCAAGAGCCAGAUCUUCUCGACUGCUGCCGACAACCAGCCCGUCGUCCUGAUCCAGGUCUUUGAGGGUGAGCGUUCCAUGACCAAGGACAACAACCUCCUCGGCAAGUUUGAGCUUACCAACAUUCCCCCCGCUCCCCGUGGUGUCCCUCAGAUUGAGGUCUCCUUUGAGCUCGAUGCCAACGGUAUCCUCAAGGUUUCCGCUCACGACAAGGGAACUGGCAAGACCGAGUCCAUCACCAUCACCAACGACAAGGGUCGUCUCACCCAGGAGGAGAUUGACCGCAUGGUUGCCGAGGCCGAGAAGUACGCCGAGGAGGACAAGGCUACCCGUGAGCGCAUUGAGGCUCGCAACGGUCUUGAGAACUAUGCUUUCAACCUGAAGAACCAGGUCAAUGAUGAGGAUGGUCUCGGUGGCAAGAUUGAUGACGAGGACAAGGAGACUAUUCUUGACGCCGUCAAGGAGGCCACUGACUGGCUCGAGGAGAACGCUGGCACCGCCAACGCUGAGGACUUUGAGGAGCAGAAGGAGAAGCUGUCCAACGUCGCCUACCCCAUCACCUCCAAGAUGUACCAAGGUGCCGGUGGCCCUGGUGCUGAGGAUGAUGAUGACUUUGACCACGAUGAGUUGUAA